UGGUCCUCCUUCAUCCCGAGUCCAAGCGAGCAGCAGCAGACGCACAAACAUGUCUGUCUAGAGCUCCAGCAGCAUAUUUAUCGUCCUGUUAUGUCGGGUUUAGGAUGAUAUGGGCUCGGCGGAAGAUGUGACAGUUGUCCGCGGGUAUCAUGAGGAUAUUAACGGCGUCGGGGCUCUUCCUGGCCUUCUGCUCCAUCGGGCUCUUGACCAUGGCCAUCAGCACGGACUACUGGUACGAAACAGAUGCGCGGAAACACCGGGACCGAUGCAAAAAAUACGCCAGCAAGAGAAAUGACCCAGGAUACAUAUACAUCUCCAACCAGAACCUCCCACUCCGGAUGCGACCUAAAGCGAGUCCUCUGCGGGAAUCCCCGCACCCUGAGCCCGUCAUGGAAUCACGCUGCAGCCGCCGCUACAACUCAACCACAACCGGACUGUGGAGGAAAUGCCACCGAGAAGGGUUCGAUCUGGAGAACGAGGACCUGAUUUUUAAAGGUUUACUUCUGCGUUGCACGCCGGUGAAGUAUUACUAUUCCUCAGUGAAUAUCCCACGGAAUCUGCCAGUGAACAUCACCAAGACUAUAAGACAAGACGAAUGGCACGCUCUCCAUUUGCAGCGGAUGACGGCAGGGUUCAUCGGUAUGGCUGUGGCCAUCAUUCUGUUUGGCUGGAUCGUUGGUGUGCUGGGCUGCUGGAAACACAAUGAGCUGAUGCAGUAUGUAGCUGGACUGCUCUUCCUGAUGGGAGGCACCUGCUGCAUCAUUUCCUUGUGCACAUGUGUGGCUGGCAUUAACUUUGAGCUCUCACGGUACCCGCGCUACCUAUACGGCCUACCGGAGGACAUCAGUCACGGGUACGGCUGGUCCAUGUUCAGCGCAUGGGGCGGUCUGGGUCUGACACUGCUGGCUGGGUUUCUGUGCACUCUGGCACCCUCUCUGCACAGUCCCCAGAUCAGCAGCAGCAGCGGCACACACAAACCGCGGCAGGAGAACGGCAUGAGAAUGACAGAUUAAUCUUUUCGUUCAAUAAACUGUCCUGUGUCUUGGCUUUGCCUGCUACGUAGAAAAGAGAAAAAAACAGAUCAAGGCACAACUAAAUAAAUAUCAUUGUCUUCAGUGUCUUCCUAUAUAUGUUUUCUUUCUUUUUUUUUUUUUUUAGUUUUUAUAAUAAAACUGAAAAUGUCAAACAGCACAAGCAAAGUAAAUUUGAAGGCAAUAUGUGAAAAUGAACCUGUUGGUGCACAAAAUUAGACAGGACAUGGUUUGUUUUGAAAUCAUGAUAUGAUUUAUGAUCUUUUUUUCUAAUAAA